CUCGUUCUGUAGUUGGUGUCCAAAGCCAAGUAUGAAGCUCCAUUUGGUGGUAUUGGUGGUGACAGUGGUGGCGACAAGUGGCAGAUCUUCCAGUCUUGAGUUGCUUGGCAACAAUGAAUUACAAUUUGCCACAUCUUGUCCGAACGAUGCAGACAUCCGACCUUGUGAAUGCAUUGUUUCUUCGGACGGCUUCUCAUUGGAUAUGGAUUGUUCAAAGGUACAGGACGAAGAGCAACUUAAAGCAGUGUUCCAAGCCGAUUUUCCAACCAGUGCUUUCCGCCGAUUCACAAUUCAUCAGAACAAACAGCUGCGAAUCCUUCGUGACGGCACUUUUAAUUAUGUUACUUUCGAAGAGAUAUGGAUCACUGAUGGAAUCUUGGAAAAGAUUGAAGAUGCAGCCCUUUCUGACAGCGCCUCCACAGCACGAAAUUUAAUCUUUAAUUUGAAUAAUAUCUCCAUCUUCCCUUUUUCUAUCCUGAGCAAUUUCGAGGAGCUUUUGUCCCUUGAUUUGAGGGUUAACAACUUGCAAGGAUUUCCCAAGCUCACUUCCUCUACUCUUAAGAUCCUGUACCUCUCCCAUAAUCCUCUUGGUAGCCUUCCUGUUGACGCCUUUGGUGGCACGCCGUCCAUAACUGACCUCCAUCUUUCCAAUACUAAAAUCACAGAGAUCCUUCCAGGAACCUUACAAGGUCUACCUAAACUACGCAACAUUGGCCUUGGCAACAAUCAAUUGAAGGAGUUAGUGGAAAAUUCUGUGCAAUGCAACAGCAAUACGGGUUUGGUAGAUCUUGGAUACAACGAGCUGCGAACAGUACAUCCCAACGCCUUUCCAGGAUUCAGGAGUGGCUGGCUAUACAUCCACCACAACUAUAUUACUACUUUGGAGGAGAAUGUGUGGAGGAUAUUAGUCGAACAUGACGGAUAUCUGGAUCCUUAUGGUAAUCCACUGCUGUGCGGGUGUGACAUAGCUUGGCUGCUUAAUAAUGCCACUCUGCGUGAUGCUGUGGACAAAUAUACGACAUGUGCUGACGGCAGAAAGCUCAUUGAUCUAAAUCCUACUGACUACGAUCAUUGCUGAGUGUUGUGUGCAUUAGGAAGGAGGGUAUUGUCUCUCUUAUCCUGUGCCAUGCCUCACUGGCUGUCUUAUUAAACACAUUGAUUGCAUCUAAACCAACGUGAAGAAAGUACUCCACGACGCUCCCUUCGCUAUCCACGAUGACAUAUCCCACUGUGAAGGGGAGAUGGAUAGACUCAUCCGAAUUCGUCCUCCCU